AUGGCCCUGAGGACACGCACCAGGGCUCCCCUGCUCCUUCUGGGCCUGCUGACCACAGGCCUGGCCCAGUUGCCGCUCCCUGCCUCAGCCCCCCGAGGCUUCUGGGCUCUGCCUGAAAACUUGACGGUGGUGGAGGGGGCCGCUGCUGAGCUGCGGUGUGGGGUCAGCGCCCCUGGCAGUGCGGUGCAAUGGGCCAAAGACGGGCUACUCCUAGGUCCUGAUCCUAGGAUCCCCAGCUUUCCGAGGUACCGUCUGGAAGGGGACCCUGACAGAGGUGAAUUCCACCUGCAUAUUGAAGCGUGUGACCUCAGCGACGAUGCAGAGUAUGAAUGUCAGGUCGGCCGCUCAGAGACAGGCCCUGAGCUCGUGUCUCCCAGAGUGAUCCUCACCAUCCUGGUGCCCCCCAAGAUGCUUCAGCUGACCCCUGAGGCAGGAAGCACAGUCACGUGGGUAGCUGGGCAGGAGUACGUGGUCAGCUGUGUGUCUGGGGAUGCAAAGCCAGCACCUGACAUCACCUUCCUCCAGAGUGGACAAACAAUUUCUGACAUCUCUGCUAAUGUGAAUGUGGGGUCCCAGGAGAAACUCUUCACCACAGAGGCCACAGCCAGGGUGACACCCCAGAGCUCAGAUAAUGGGCAGCUGCUGAUCUGUGAGGGGUCCAGCCCAGCAUUGGACACCCCUAUCCGGGUCUCAGUCACCAUGAAUGUUCUGUUUCCCCCAGGACCUCCUGUCAUUGAAUGGCCAGGCCUGGACGAGGGGCAUGUGCGGGCAGGACAGAACUUGGAGCUGCUGUGUGUGGCCCGAGGGGGGAAUCCGCCAGCCACACUGCAGUGGCUGAAGAAUGGCCAGCCCAUGUCCACAGCAUGGGGCACAGAGCAUGCUGAGGCAGUGGCCCGAAGCAUGCUAGUGAUGAUCGUGAGACCGGAAGACCAUGGGGCGAGGCUCAGCUGUGAGGCCCACAACAGUGUAUCUACAGGAAUCCAGGAACGCGGGGUCACACUGCAAGUCACCUUCCCCCCCAGUGCCAUUACCAUCCUGGGGUCUGCAUCCCAGUCUGAGAACAAGAACGUUACGCUCUCCUGCAUCACCAAGUCCAGUCGCCCACGGGUCCUGUUGCGGUGGUGGCUGGGUUGGCGGCAGCUGCUGCCCACAGAAGACAUGGUCAUGGAUGGCCUGCAUGGUGGCCACAUCUCCAUGUCCAACUUGACAUUCCUCGUGCGACGGGAAGACAAUGGUCUGACCCUCACGUGUGAAGCCUUCAGUGAGGCCUUCACCAAGGAGACCUUCAAGAAGUCACUUACCCUGAAUGUGAAAUACCCUGCCCAGAAGUUGUGGAUAGAGGGCCCCCCAGAGGGACAGCGACUCCGGGCUGGGACUCGAGUGAGGCUGGUGUGUUUGGCCAUUGGAGGCAACCCAGACCCAUCUCUUACCUGGUUCAAGGACUCCCGUGCGGUGACCGAACCGCGGCCGCCCCAGGAGCCGCGGCGGGUGCAGCUGGGAAGUCUGGAGAAGUCUGGGAGCACCUUCUCCCGCGAGCUUGUACUGAUCACGGGUCCGUCGGACAACCAAGCCAAGUUCACGUGCAAGGCGGGUCAGCUCAGCGCAUCCACGCAGCUUGUGGUGCAGUUUCCCCCAACAAACGUGACGAUCCUGGCCAACGCGUCGGCGCUGCGCCCGGGGGAUGCCUUAAACUUGACUUGCGUCAGCGUUAGCAGUAACCCGCCUGUCAACUUGUCAUGGGACAAGGAGGGGGAGAGGCUGGAAAGUGUGGCCAUACCACCCCGAAGUGCCCCAUUCAAAGGAUCUGCAGCAGCCAGGAGUGUCCUUCUGAGAAUGUCAUCCCGUGACCACGGCCAUCGAGUGACCUGUCGAGCCCACAGCAUUGAGCUACAGGAAACCAUGAGUGCCUUCUACCGCCUCAAUGUUCUGUACCCUCCAGAGUUCCUGGGGGAGCAGGUGCUUGUGGUGACUGCCGUGGAGCAGGGCGAGGCACUGCUGCCGGUGUCUGUGUCUGCCAACCCUGCCCCAGAGGCCUUCAACUGGACCUUCCGGGGCUACCGCCUCAGCCCAGCUGGUGGCCCUCGGCAUCGCAUCCUGUCUGGUGGAGCUCUGCAGCUAUGGAAUGUGACCCGUGCUGACGAUGGCCUCUAUCAGCUGCAUUGCCAGAACUCAGAGGGCACCGCUGAAGCGCUAGUGCGGCUGGAUGUACACUAUGCUCCCAUUAUACGAGUUCUCCAGGACCCUACUGAGGUGAAUAUUGGGGGUUCUGUGGACAUAGUCUGCACCGUUGAUGCCAAUCCCAUCCUUCCAGGGAUGUUCAGCUGGGAGAGGCUGGGAGAAGAAGAGGAGGACCAGAGCCUGGAUGACAUGGAGAAGAUGUCAAAGGGAUCCACAGGGCGACUUCGAAUUCACCAUGCCAAACUGGCCCAGGCUGGUGCUUACCAGUGCAUUGUGGACAAUGGAGUAGCACCUCCAGCCCGAGGGCUGGUCCGACUUGUUGUCAGAUUUGCUCCUCAGGUGGAACACCCAACACCCCUAACUAAGGUAGCAGCAGCUGGAGACAGCACCAGUUCUGCCACCCUCCACUGUCGUGCCCGGGGCGUCCCCAACAUUGUCUUCACUUGGACUAAAAAUGGAGUCGCUCUGGAUCUCCAGGAUCCCAGAUACACAGAACACACAUACCACCAGGGUGUGGUCCACAGCAGUCUCCUGACCAUUGCCAACGUGUCUGCGGCCCAGGAUUAUGCCCUGUUCACGUGCACAGCCACCAACCCCCUUGGCUCAGACCACACCAACAUUCAACUCGUCAGCAUCAGCCGCCCAGAUCCCCCAACAGGAUUAAAGGUCAUGAGCAUGACCCCAUACUCGGUGGGGUUGGAAUGGAAGCCUGGCUUUGAUGGGGGUUUGCCACAGAGGUUCCAAAUCAGGUAUGAGGCUCUGGGGACCCCAGGGUUCCUCUACAUGGAUGUCCUACCACCUCAGGCCACCACCUUCACACUGACUGGGCUGCAGCCUUCUACACGAUACAGGGUCUGGCUGCUGGCCAGCAACGCCCUGGGGGACAGCGGACUAAUGGACAAGGGGUCCCAGAUCUCUGUCGCCACCCCAGGUCUAGACCAGCCUUCCGGAGAACCUGACUAUCAGCUGCCCACAGAGCAGCCUGAAGGACACUCAGGGCUGCCCCUGCUGCCUGUGCUGUUUGCUGUUGGGGGUCUUCUGGUGCUUUCUAACAUCUUCUGUGUUGGGGGAUUCCUCUGGCAGCGGAGACUGAGGCAUCUUGCUGAAGGCAUCUCAGAGAAGACAGAGGCAGGGUCGGAGGAGGACCGGGUCAGGAAUGAAUAUGAGGACAGCCAGUGGACUGGAGGCCAGGACACUCGAAGCUCCACGGUUAGCACAACAGAUGUAGAGCCGUAUUACCACUCCAUGAAGGACUUCAGGCCCCAGCUGCCACCAACACUGGAGGAGGUGUCUUAUCCCCAAGGUCUCACACAUAUUGAAGAGGAAGAUAUGGCCUUUCCUGGACACCUGUAUGAUGAGGUGGAAAAACUGUAUGCCCCAUCUGGGGCCUGGGGACCCUUGUACGAUGAAGUACCAAUGGGCCCCUGUGAUCCCUGCUGGCCUGAGGAGACAUAUGAAGAUACCAGAAGAAUCUAUGAUCAGGUGGCAGGAGACUUUGACCCGAUGGAACCUGAUUCUCUACCUUUUGAGCUGAGGGGACAUCUGGUGUGA